AUGUUAAAUCCGGAAUCCGUUGCUCGUCACGAUGCAAUCAAGCGACAAUUUGUCACGCAGCUCAAUGACAAUUGCGAAAAGUUGAGGAUAUUAGGAACAAAGUUAUGCAAGACUGGCAAAGGGAUUAUCGCGAUCGAACUGGCCACCAAUUUGUCCGGAGCGGGAAUUGGAGGCGUAGCUGCAGCUGGUGUACUAAUAACAAUCAUCACCGGUGGCACGGCUAUUCCAGUCGCAAUCCUGGGCGCAACCGCAUUUGGCGUUGGCGUGGCUGGGGCUGGAGCGGGUGUUGGCGGAAUUUUGACUGAUAAGUUUGCUGGGUCAAAAGAAAUUAUCGAAAUUUACGAAAACAUCUCAAAUGCUUUGCAAGGGUAUAGUGAACAAAUCGCAGUCAUCGAAAAUGAUAUACUAGAACGAACGCGGCUUAGAAUUGAAAACACAAAUAAGACGGGAUUGGCAUCAUUUUUGGGUUUAGCCGGAAAAUUGGUGCCGAUGAGCGAGCUGGGAGCAAUCGUCGUGAAAAAAACCGGAGAAGUGGCCGGAAUUUUUGCUCUUCGAGUGGCCGGUGAUGUGGCUGAGGCGGGAGCGCAAAUGGCGGCUCGAAACGUUUUCGCUAUAACUUCUGCACUCAUUGGUGGUAGUGGCCCGAUGUGCAUUCCGUUCAUUGAUGGAAAAGAGACGGGAACGAAAGGCAUCGAGUUUUUCUCGGAACCGAUUCCAUUUGUCAACGAUUUGGGAGAAGAGUGUUUUCUUCUGCUCGUCGAUUCGAAAGGUUUUUUCGACUACGAGGCCUCGGCAAAGGAGAUUUUUCACACAAAUGCCAUUCUUAAUCUAUACGCCAACAUUUUGAUUUACAAUGUUUCCGAAAUCAAUCAAACUGAUGUGAAAACUUUUACGCUAAAUGUCUCAAAAAGUGGCACCGAUCUCGCGUUGGCUGAAGAAAAAGAUGAUAAGCCGAUUUUGAUCUUUUGCGAGAGAAAUUCGAGAGGAGAAGUGACUGGUUAUCUUCCGAAUGAAUUUCAAGAAAGAUUUAAAUCAAAUAGUAAAUUAAACCUUGAAGUGGAAGUGCUUGAGGAUAAUUUUGGGGAAAUUGAGAAUGUGAGCAUUCCAAGUCCGGGAAUGUUCCUUCAACGGGCAAAUUAUUUCAAGCCGAUCACUUUGGGAAAUGGAACGGACACGAUUGACGAAUACACUGAAAAAUUCAUUGAUGGAGUCCUGGCUUUGAAGGAUCUUAUCAUUCACAAAGCAAAAAGAAUGCCAGGAAAAAGUUUGCACGAUUUCCGGGCAUUUUGCGAGGUGCUCGUUGCGAACGCGGAUCGAUUUGGGGAAAACGAUUUUGACAAUCUUCAGUUGAUUCGUUGCUCAGUGGCAAACAUUGCCCUUCAAAAUGGGAUCUCAGCUUGGACGAGCGAUUUCGCAUACGAGAAAAGUGUUCUGGAGACUUGGGCAAAGAACUCGAAGUUCGCAGAAAUUUUGGAAAAACUGACCGAGAUCUUCAAGCAAGCAAAACAGAUUCAUCUCGAGAAACUCCAAAUGAAAACAAAGGAUUUCGUUUCGGCUGAACAAGCAAGAGCUGAAGAAGAAUUGAAUGACUCACCAAAUACGAACGAAAUGAAUGGAAUGAUCGAGUUCUUCGAAAAGAACGCGAACUUAGCUUGCAAAUCAAGGGUC